AGAUCGGCAUGACUGAAGGCGACAAAGUAUGGCGCGCUUCGCCUUUCGGAAUCUGGGCCUCUUUGCCCGAGGCGCCGCUGCAGUUCCGGCCGUUGCAUGGCAUAGACGCGUCGCAUGCGAACCGACGCAGCAGAAGCUGAGCGCCCAGGUUCCAGAAACCAUCUCACCCUGGCUUCAAGCGGCACUGCACGAGCAGAUGCGCAAGCAAGGUGAGUCGUUUGAGCACACGUUUGCUGCAUCCAAGAAUGAAUUUGAUGAUGCAUGGGUCUGGUCUUGGGCACUGCUGGGUGCCUUUCCUGCCAACCGAUCCUCGCGACACUAUGAGAGGAGGCGGGUUUCCACGGCCGACUCUGCCAACAGAUUUCGAGACAAAUCACGGGUGGAGUCCAAGUGGGGCUUGUGUGAGUUUGGCGGGUGGGCCGAAUUCUACGACGGAUUUGGUGAUUUGAUCGCGUGUGGAUAUGAAGCUGUGGUGUAUGGGGAUCACGGGCCAUAUGUUGAGUUCAAAGAGGAGCAACUCCAGUGGGCCGCUUUCACUCGCCACAAGCUGAAGGGUCCAGGCAGGACCCACAUGGAGCAUUACAAUGCUGACGAGUCAGUCAAGGUCUAUGACCAAUUCCGCACGGUGGCCAACCAGCCGAAUCCACCCCCGGACAAUGAAUUCUCAUGUGCAAACAAUCGCCCGGAAGGGUAUGCAGAUUAUCGACCAGGACGAAUCUACAUGUCCUGCGAUGCAUUUUUUGCAUCCGGAGGCAAGCUCGUUCUGCCAGUUCAAGCAGAAUAUUGAUCACGC